GCCGGCGGCGGCGCUUCGCGAGCAGGAGCGCGUGUACGAGUGGUUCGGGCUGGGGCUGGGCUCGGCGCAGCGCCUCGAGUUUCUGUGCGGGCUGCUGGACCUGUGCAACCCGCUCGAGCUGCGCUUCCUCGGCUCGUGUCUCGAGGACCUGGCGCGCAAGGACUACCACUACCUGCGCGACUCGGAGGCCAAGGCCAACGGCCUCUCGGACCCGGGGCCACUGGCCGACUUUCGAGAGCCCGCCGUGCGCUCGCGCCUCAUCGUCUACCUGGCGCUGCUGGGCUCAGAGAACCGCGAGGCCGCCGGCCGCCUGCACCGCCUGCUGCCCCAGGUAGACUCGGUGCUCCAGAGCCUGCGCGCCUCCCGGGCCGAGGGAUCGCCGGGCGGCGCGGAGGACGAGGACGGCGCGGAUGCCGAGCAGGACGGCUCCGGGCCGGAAGGCGGCAGCGCCGAGCCCCGGGCCGGCGGCGGGCUCGGCCUCAGGGCCCAGGAGGAGCUGCUGCUGCUCUUCACCAUGGCCUCGCUGCACCCGGCCUUCUCCUUCCACCAGCGAGUUACCCUGAGGGAGCACCUGGAAAGACUCCGCACGGCGCUGCGCCGGGGCCCCGCGGAGGUGGAGCCGGGCCACUUUGCUGGCCCCAGGGCCCAGAAUGAUUCUGCUCAUGGUGAUUACAUGCACAGUCACGAGACCAGUUUAAUAGAACAAGCCCCAAUACCUCAUGAUGGACUUACUCUGGCACCUCAUAGAGCUCAGCAAGAAGCUGUACACAUUGAGAAGAUAAUGCUGAAAGGAGUCCAGAGAAAAAGGGCUGACAAAUAUUGGGAGUACACCUUCAAAGUAAAUUGGUCUGAUCUUUCAGUAACAACAGUAACAAAAACCCACCAAGAACUACAGGAAUUUCUACUGAAGCUUCCAAAGGAAUUGUCUUCAGAGACUUUUGACAAGACUAUCUUAAGAGCGCUGAACCAGGGUUCCUUGAAAAGGGAAGAACGGCGACAUCCUGAUCUUGAGCCCAUCCUAAGGCAGCUAUUUUCAACUUCAUCACAAGCUUUUCUACAGAGUCAGAAAGUACACAACUUUUUUCAGUCCAUAUCAUCAGAAUCUUUACACAGUCUCAAUAACUUACAAUCCUCUCUGAAGACUUCUAAGAUAUUAGAACACUUAAAAGAAGACAGCUCAGAAGCUUCAAGUCAGGAAGAAGAUGUCUUACAGCACACCAUAAUCCACAAGAAACAUACCGGGAAAAGUCCUAUUGUGAACACUGUUGGUACAAGUUGCUCUCCAAUGGAUGGGCUUACCAUGCAGUAUUCUGAACCGAAUGGGAUUGUGGAUUGGAGGAAGCAAAGCUAUACAACCAUACAGCACCCAGAGCACUGUGUGACCUUAGCUGACCAGCAUUCAGCUGACAAAUGGAGCUUAUCUUCAAUAAAUAAGAAGAAAGGAAAGCCACAAAUAGAAAAGGAGAAAAGUAAGAAAACUGACAACAGAUUGAAUAGUAGAAUAAAUGGCAUUAGACUCUCCACUCCUCAGCACGUCCAUGAUGGUUCUGUGAAAGAUGUGAAUUUGGACAUUGGAUCUGGACAUGAUACAUGUGGGGAAACAUCUUCAGAGAGUUACAGUUCUCCAUCUAGCCCACGACAUGAUGGAAGAGAAAGCUUUGAGAGUGAAGAAGAAAAAGACAGAGAUACAGACAGCAAUUCUGAGGACUCUGGGAAUCCAACAACAACCAGGUUUACAGGUUAUGGUUCUGUCAACCAGACUGUCACUGUCAAGCCGCCUGUUCAGAUCGCUUCACUAGGAAAUGAGAACGGAAGCCUCUUGGAAGAUCCAUUGAACUCACCCAAGUAUCAGCAUAUUUCUUUUAUGCCAACUUUACACUGUGUCGUGCACAAUGGUGUCCCAAAGCCUGAGGUGGUUGUUCCUCCACCCAAAUCUGUGGAUGGCAAAACAAUAGGGAUGCUCGUUCCUAGUCCUGUGGCUAUUUCUGCAAUUAGAGAGUCCACAAAUUCAACCCCUGUUGGAAUACUUGGGCCAACAGCUUCUACUGGAGAAUCAGAAAAGCAUCUUGAAUUACUGGCUUCCCCUUUACCUAUCCCGUCAACUUUCCUUCCACAUAGUAGUACUCCUGCUUUGCACCUAACAAUUCAGAGGCUAAAAUUACCACCGCCGCAGGGAUCUUCUGAGAGUUGCACCAUUAAUGUCCCGCAGCAAUCUGCUGGGAGUCUGAGCGUCGGAUCACCAAACACUGCCUUCAUUCCUGUCCAUAACCCAGGUAGUUUUCCAGGAUCGCCUGUUGCUACCACAGACCCCAUCACAAAACCUGCAUCCCAAGUGGUAGGACUAAAUCAAAUGGUGCCUCAAGUUGAGGGAAACACAGGGACAAUCCCUCAGCCUACCAAUGUGAAGGUAGUUCUCCCAGCAGCGGGCCUCUCAGCUGCACAGCCACCAGCUUCCUACCCUUUACCAGGCUCACCCCUUGCUACCAGCGUGUUACCCAACCAGAGUUCCAAUGUGCUAAACACAGCAGCAGCUUCCACUCAGCCUGCAAGUGCAGGCCUCAGCCAGGUCCAGCCGACUGUUCCUCCCGCAGUUCCCACCCACACCCCAGGUCCUGCCCCGAGUCCAAGCCCCGCUUUGACACACAGCACUGCUCAGAGCGACAGCACAUCCUACAUCAGUGCUGUGGGCAAUACGAACGCUAAUGGGACAAUAUUGCCACCGCAGCAGAUGGGCUCAGGUCCCUGUGGUUCUUGCGGGCGAAGGUGUAGCUGUGGGACCAGUGGGAACCUUCAGCUCAACAGUUACUAUUAUCCUAAUCCGAUGCCCGGACCAAUGUACCGAGUCCCAUCCUUCUUUACUCUGCCGUCCAUUUGCAACGGCAGCUACCUCAACCAAGCACAUCAGAGCAAUGGAAACCAACUUCCUUUCUUUCUGCCUCAGACGCCAUAUGCAAAUGGACUGAUGCAUGACCCAGUCAUGGGGAGCCAAGCCAACUAUGGCAUCCAACAGAUGGCAGGAUUUGGGAGAUUCUACCCUGUAUACCCAGCACCUAAUGUAGUUGCCAAUACCAAUGGUUCAGGGCCCAAGAAGAACGGGAACGUGUCCUGUUACAAUUGUGGUGUAAGCGGACACUAUGCACAGGACUGUAAGCAGUCGUCCAUGGAGGCCAAUCAACAAGGCACUUACAGACUGAGAUACGCACCUCCCCUCCCCCCUUCUAAUGAUACGUUGGAUUCUGCAGACUGAAACAAGUAAAGCUUGCCUACUUAAUACCCUGAAGUGUGGGGAAGUUUGGUGGGGUGUGGAGGGGAGGAGAGGAAAGGUAUUUUGUUGGGUUUUUUUGUCUUUACAUUUCCUAGAUUUCUAUGCAGUUGGAAGUUUUCAUUUCUCUUGUACCAGUGUCCACAACAAAAGACGAAUGCAAUGCUUUUGAGCCUCUGGUCUCCUGGUUUAACAACAGGCUUCGAUGUAUGAUAUGUGUAGUUUAAACAUACGAACAAACUUAAAUGGAAAAUGUUGACGCGUGCUUUUUUUUUUACACUGAAUACUUGCUGUGUGCAAUGUUUACAAAAUCUUGAAAACUGUGUAUUUGACCUUUUUUUACAACACUGGUGACAGUCAUAUGGUUUUGAAAAAAAAAGAAACUUUGCUUCUUCCCUAGCUUUUCUCACUGCCCCCUAAGCGACCACUUCUCCCCUCCUGCUCCUCUGGUCUUAUAGGAGCAGCUGGCAGUGGACUUGUUCACACUUGAGCACACUGCUUUGCAGAGGAUUUGAGGGUAAAAUGUCUCCACCUUAAUCUUACUGGAGAAAUCAGAUUCCCCAAAUAGUGUGUCUGUAUGUAAGAAACGGCAUCAUAUAAAUACAUAUAUGCAGCGCUUGUUUUCCAAAUAAAAAUUAAGUGAGAGAGGAAGAAGUAAAACCAUAUGAAACUGAAAAAAUAUGAAAUGGACAAAGAGCUUUUCUUAAAGAAAAGAAAAAACCACAAACUUUUUAACUUCCAUCAUACUUUUUUAGCCUGUUGCUUCAGAGAGACGCAAAGUGAACAAACUGGUGUGACUGUUGUUCUUCUGUGUGUUUGUGUUUGUAUGAAAGUCAACAGCCAGUUUUACUUUCUGUAGUCUACUCCUGUGUCAUGGGAAAAGAGACACUGCUUGAGUAAAAAUUACUCCUUUCCUGUAUCAACUGUUACAGUGUUACAUUGUGUUUAAAAUGUGUAUGGUUUAUUUCAGUCUGAACAGAAGCUGUGGGUUUCUGCAAAAAGUCAGGUAUUCUUGCCCUCCCCUGUCUCUGGUAGCAAAGUCACUUUGUAAGCGUUUCCCACUAUGCUCGACCACAAUGGGAAAGCCAAAUUCCGAGGGUGUGGAGACAGUAUUAAUCAUGUCAGUGUCCCAUCGCUAGGUUUAAAAUGCUGCUGUUUAAAAAAAAAAGUUUUUUUUAAAACCAAUCUAUGUACUAAAUUGCUUCCAGGUGAUUUUUGAUUUCCUAAAGUGCACUGAGGUUGUCUGGAAGAUUGGGUGUAUCUUUUGGUGAUUGCUGCAUUCAACAGCAAUGAACAACCACCACUGUAGAGUCAGCCGUGGAUUUUGGGGGGGGGGCUGGUCCUGUGUCCCCAUUCCUCAGCACACAGCAAAAACAUGUUGUGUGGAGUCACGUUUGUAUGCAGCAGAGGAACUUAAAUAUUUGGUUUUGGUUCAGAAGCCUAGCAGAUUGCUAGGCAAAAAGAAAGACUUGAAGAAAAAAAAGCUUAAUUUAAUGCUUCAUAGGUAGCAUUUAUAUUUAUAGCACCAGUGUACACUUUGAAACGUUUCUUUCGGGUGGGAGGUAUGAGGAAGGGGAAGGGGUGGGUGGAAGGGGUAAUGAAAGCUUUAAUUUAAAAAGAAGAAAAAGUUUGAGUAAAGGAAAUUAUUUUGAUUAAAUAUAUUUUAUUUGAUCUGGGUAUUUUUGGACCACAUUAUUAAUUGUUAAGCUGCAGUUGAGUUGUUCCAAGUGAGAGUUUUGAUAAGCCAGGUAUGGACUGCAUUGUGAAUCACUUGUCAGUUGUACUUUAUGGAGCUUAUUUUAUGAUUUAAAAUACCGUACUGUACAUAGGAGGUAUGUUACCUUCUCCUUAUUUGUAUGUUUACCAUAUACUUUGAUAUUUGAAAUGUUAUGUACUGGAAAGGCCACUUAUAUUUCUAGAACAGAUUGAAUUUUAUGCAACCUUUUUUCCUUGAAUUAACAGCAAUAAAAAAAAAUGAAAAACAGC